AGACAGAGCCAUAGCAGAAGAAAUCAAGAAAAACCAUAGUCCUCACGAUACUGAUGUUCAUGAUGCUGAUGAUUCCAGUGCUGAAAUUGGAAAUACAACUGGGACACUUGAUAGCUCUAAUUCUGGUAUCAUUGAACCAGUCAUUGCCAUUAAUGAUUAUAAUAUGGAAAUGGAGUAUUUUGCUAUGAAUCAAAAGUUAUCUAAAGUAUUAACUUUUGCAAUCAAAGAUAUAUUCAAAAAGCAAUCUUUGGAUGAUACAAAGGUGUAUUUGGCAGGAAUUCAUCGAAAAAAUCCAGAAAUGAUCAAAAAGAUCAAGGAAACAGCUGAUAAAGUUGAUCUAAUGGCCUUGCUUAGGAGCUACUUUUCUUUGUCAAAUGUUUCUGCAUUGAAAGAAUUUGUUAAAGAUUUGAGCAUUGACCAUAAUUCACAAGAAUUAGAAGAUCUCCUGAAGAGACGAAAUACCUUUUAUGAGAAUAUUUUAGCAAAAGAUUUCGCAAAAAAAGGCUAUUGAAGUUGCAGAUCAUAAAAUGUGCAAGACUGAUUUGAUUAUUACUUUUAAGGUUUCAUGGAAUCAAGAUACAACAACAUUAAAAGAGUUUGAGGAUUUUCUUUCAACAGCAUUUCAGAUUCAUGAAAUAUACAUAAGAUUAAGAGUUGUGCGCCAAAGUCUUCUGACCUUUGUAUGUUCUAUACCAAACUGGCUCCUGGAAGAAAUAACAGAAUAUGUGAAUAAAAGGAAAGAUCACUUAAUAUCUAAAGGAGUUGUUGAAGUAACCAUUGAUGGUGCUGUCAUUUUUAAUGUGGAAGGAGGUUAUGCAGCUCUAGUUUUCUAUGAACCAAAUGAUACGAUGACAUUUACUGCUGUACUUUCUAAUCAGUUACCUGCUUUAUUGAAGUUUAUUGAAGAACAUCAUCCCUUUGCUGAAGUUGAUCUGAUUCAUUAUUUUCGUUUCAAAUCUUUACAUGGUUUCAUUGAGUUGAACCUUUUUGAAAAGCCGCCAACAGGAUGGACUGUUAAACCAUUUGUUAAACCUUGCAGAUUGUAUCAAGAUGAUAUUGAUAAAUUUAAUGGUAUUGAUGAUUCUGUUCCUUCAUGUUGCCUGAUGUCAAUUUGUGGAUUGUUUGAUCCUAAAACCAAGCCUGUUCUACACUACCCUGUAUUUUUAAAUGGCAUAGAAUGUCCUGUGAUACUGUCUAUUCAUAGGGUAGUAAAAUCUACCAUUCCUACAUCAUCAACUAUAUCUUAUACUGGAAUUGUUUACUAUGAGAGAAAAGAAGAAGAUAAGUAUUUGGUGGCAUUUGUAGUUGCAAAGAACUUACAAAGCCUUGUUAAGUAUAUUGAAGAUCAAUGCCCAUUAGCUAAGAUUGUUAAACUUGUGAAUUUUGACUUCAACUCAAGUCUUGGUUAUAUUAAGCUUAACUUUAGUUUUACUUCAGAAGAGAAAUCAUUCACUCAGUGGACUGCUGAACCUGAAUCAUGCAAAUUGUAUCAAAGUGAUGUUGACAAUUUUGAUGAUGCCUUAGAUUAUCCUCCAUCUUGCCUGAUAUCAUUUUAUGGAUCACCUGAUGCUGCACAGUUUUUACAGUACUCUUUAUCACUUGAGGGCUUGGCUGAUAAUGUCACUUUAUCUAUUGAUUUUACACUAAAUCAAUUAUCAGAUGAAGUUUCAUAUAUUGGAUUGGUAUAUUAUGAAUGGAAAUUAACAGAAUACUUGAUGACAUUUAUUGCAGGGAAAAAAGGGACUAAACUAAUUCAAUAUGUUGAAGAGUAUCAUCCGCUAGCAGAGAUUGAUCAAAUUUUUACUUUUUCUUUCAGUUCACCUCAUGGUUUUAUUGAGCUUGUAUUUGAUAUUUCACAGGAUGAUUCUUGUGAAGGAUGGACUGUACAACCAUUUGUUAAACCAUACAUUGACAGGUUUGAUGACUUUAAAUGUCCUAUUCCUCCAUGCUGCCUGAUAUCAGUCCAUGGAUCACCUGGUGCUGUUCCUAUGUUACAUUAUUCCAUACCAUUAAAAGGUGUAGCUACCAAUGCUGCAAUAUGUAUUAAUCGAAGCCUUCAGCUAGAAAGUAAUAAUUGA